UUUUAUGUUUAGUUUGAACUGUUGAACAAUACAUCUUCGGGUAACUUUGUUCUUAAUGAUCAUCAACAAAUUUCAAGUGGCGAAACUGUGGUUGUUCAUGAUAAAGAUCAAUUGAGAUUCGAUAAAUUUGUUUCAAAAUUGUCAAUCGAUGGUAUGCUCAUGUUUCUAUCUUUGAAGAAUGUUGCUGAAUUUUCUUUGUUUUGUUUAGUGGAUACAUCGAUCAAAUACAAAACGCGGGCACCGUUGAAACUACUUGGCCCCGACGAAAUUCUCUUAGUUCCUGAUGCACUUUCAACGAGCAGAGCGCCAAGUCUUCAACCCGUCUGGUAUAGUGAACAAACGCUCCUUGACAACGAAGAAGAAGAGAAGUCGACAAUAAUCGCAGUUCAACCUGAUCGACGGCAGUCGAUUCACAAACGUCUAACAAUAAAAUCAAAACAACCAAUUUUAUCGACAAUUCAAAGUGAUAGAAAUGAAGAUGAAUGUUUAAUGAAAAGAAGAGCAUCAACAGAGACUCUCAUUCCAUCGUCGUUGACCUGCCCAUCACCGACAACAAUCUCAUCAAAUACAAUACUAAAUGAUUCUGGUAAAGAAAACCGUAAUUUAUCGAUUAUUUUGAAAGUAGAGGCUCCAGUGUGCGUUCUACCACUCGAUCAACAUGAAGACUCAUUUUCGAGAUUAGAAAAGCAGUUUAAUGAAGAAUGUUUUGGUUCAUUGAGCGAUCGAAUGUCAAGCCGUGCUCGUGCAAGUGUGUUAGAACCAACUGAAAGCGAGGAAAAGCCGAUGUUAACGCGAUCACAAACCUUCUCCGUUUCCUCUUCGUCUGAGAAUGAUAGUUCAACAACAUCGAAUCUCAAUAAAUCAAUGGCUAAAAAUGAAAAAGAACUUUGUGUCAGCCCUUCGUCAUCUGAGCUUGAUCCGAGACCAUCCGAAAUCAUCGAACAGUUAUCAAGUGACAUACAUCUACAACAAAAAGAAGAGUCGAAUGGCGAUAAAGAAGAAGCUUCAUGUUUCCCUCUUCCACAUUUAACACCCACGAAUAGCAAUGACACAUUGCAGUUGACAACAAUAACACCAGUGGAUAUUAUUAAUGCUUCGACAACAUCAUUGUACUGUUAUUCACCAAGAAAAGUGUUUGAACAAAAACUAGAAGCAAUAACGUCAAUAACUAAUAAUGAAGAUGAGCAAGCGAGAUCGAGCUCAUCAGUUGUGUAUAAUAUCGAGGAAGGCGAAGACAGUGCUGGAACAAUUACUCUGAACACGCUGUUGUCGAAUUCGUUUAUGGCACAAGAUGAUGAUGGUGCGGAUGUGUCACGUGUUAGUAGUUGUCAUUCAGAAAAGGUCGCUAGUAAUGUCCAUCAUCAAGUCAGUUCAACAUCAGAUCAUGAUGAAAACAUAACUGGACACACCGCCAUCUUCUCAUCAAAUGAAAAUAGUCAUCUUAACACUGAAAACCAACAAGAGAAAAGUGACGAAGGUGAUAAGUCAUUGAAUAUUAUUCAAACAAUUGACAGCGAGCUAUUCUUGAAAUCCGAACAAAACGAGAACGAAGAAGAUGGAGAAGAGGAUGGGAAUUUUUCGUUUGAACUUGAGCAAUUUCCGACUAAUGCUCAGAAUUCAAAUGGUAUCGAUCAACAAGAAGAACAUCGUCAGUCGUCCGUCACAGCGUUACCACUUCCACCAGCAAUGUGUGAACGAGCACCGACCUCUGCUGAUGUGGCUUAUCGUGCUUUAUUAAAACAACCGACGCCACGAACAUCGCUUGUAACGAGCUCAAUGUCACCGUUAGCUAGAGCAUAUGGUAGUAUUCAAUGUGUGGUGAAUGAGAGGAAUGAUGAUGGGAGCACAACUUCCUCAACACAUGGCGAAAGCAUGCAAUCAGAAGAAAGUUUUGAUAGCGAAGAAAAUGUUCUUGAAUCGUCCAAAACUGAGAGUAGCUUAAAUGAUAAACACAACAGCUUUCUGGGAAGUAUGCUGUCAAAAGAAUAUACGUAUAAUCCUCCAUCAAGACCAUCAAGUGGUACGAAAAAUGAUGCACUUGUAGUUGAAGAAUCUGUUCAAUCAAUAGUGGUUCAGUCCAGUGAUGAUACCCGUCAUUCAAUAUGUUCUACAAAGAGCACAUCAUUAUCACCGAUGGUUAGUAAUGAAAUGCCGAUAUUACAAUUAUCGUUAGCUGAAUCCUCUCCUUCUCCAUCGCCACCUGUCACUAAGAUAGCCUCACCGCAAUCAUCAACAACUAGAAGAGAGCAGCAAGGGGCAACGCUCACCCCACAAACUGGCUUGCAUCCGUUGUAUUCAUCAACACCAUCUCGCCAAAUGAUUACAAUCAAUUUGGUUGAUGAUGAACAAUUAACGACUGUUGCACGAGU